AUGCAACAGGCAGAAGUGAGGGAAGUUGAUGAUGAUGAUUUGACAGGGGAUGACAAUGAUGAUUCUGAUUAUGUGUUCUCUGAUUUGGAUGAUGAUGAUGAUGACAACAUUGAUGAUGUUGACUUGGUUGAUGAGGAUGACUUGGUAGUUUCUGAUGAGAUUCAUGAAAAAAGCAAGACUGAGUUUCUACAAGUAUUUAGGGAUUUUUGCAUUCAAGAAGGCUUUGCUGUCACUGUUGAAAGAGCUGACAGUGCAAGGUACACAGCAUAUUGUCUGGUGCAGUCAUGCAGCUGGAGGAUCCAUGCUACUGGGUUGAAAGAUAAUGUAAGCUGGGUAAUCAAGAGUAUAACUGGGAAGCAUAACACUUGUGGCAGACUUGAAGAAAAUCCAAUGGUGUCUUCUGAGUGGUUGUGUAGACACCUUUUGCAAGACCUUGAGGCAAAUCCAGAGAUACCUGUAGAUGCAUUACAGAAGCUAUGUAUGGAGAGGUACAGGCUCAAUGUGACAAUAAGGUUGUUGUACAAGGUCAGAAGCAUAGCAAGGGAACAGAUUUAUGGUUCUUUUGCUGAGUCAUAUGCCUUAUUGCCAAGGAUAGAUGGUGCACAUUUAUCGGGUUAUUACAAAGGUGUGAUGCUCACUGUUGUUGCCAUUGAUGGUAACAAUGAAAUAUUUGUCGUUGCAUUUGGUGUUGUAGCCUCUGAGAGCAUAGAUAGCUGGACCUAUUUUUUCAGAAACUUAAGGUUGUUGUUUGAAAAAGAGGGAUGUCAGAAGGAUGAUUGGACAUUCAUAAGUGACAGAAUGAGGGGAGUUGAAUCAGCACUUUCUGAGGUCUUUCCUAGGGCCACGAGGAGGAUUUGCUGCCAGCAUUUGUACUCCAACUGCAAGAAUGCAGGUUGGAGUGGAUCAGCCUUUCACAAGCUGUUCUGGAUUGCUGCAGAUGCAUAUAAUGAGUAUGUUUUUGAGAAGGCAAUGUCAAAGAUUAAAAAACAUGAUGCAGCAGCUGAAGAAUACCUAAGAAAUGUUGGUGAGGAAUGGUCUAGGCACUCCUUUGACAACAAAGUUUGUUGUGGCCACAACACAACAAACUUUGUUGAGUCUUUCAAUGCUUGCACAAAAGACAACAGGGACUUGCCUGUUCUCACACUAUUAGAAGCUGUUAGGACAUGGAUAAUGAAAAGAAUGGGAUCAAGGUUUGAUAUGGCGGUUGAUAUGGACCCCAAUUCCCUUACUGAAUAUGCAGAGAACAUUUUGAAGACAAGAAGUGAUGAUUCAAGGUUAUGCCAUGUCACUGUAUGUGGAGGGGGGGUCUGGCAUACCAUGCAAGCAUGGAUUGAGGGUCAUAUACAACCAAAGAUUGAACCCUGCCAAUAUGUGUCUGCAUACUUCAAGGGGGCAGCUUAUAAGGCCACUUAUGCUCACCAUGUCCAUCCAAUGGCUGACCAUACACAAUGGCCUUCAUUCAAUGUCCCUCAAAUCAACCCUCCAACUAUCAAGAGAAGUGCAGGGAGGCCUGCCAAGCAGAGGAAGAGGGGUCCAAGUGAAGCAAGAAAGGGUAAGAGGCAUAAGAACAACAAAUGCAGCAUCUGUAAAGAGUUGGGUCACAAUGUGAAGACUUGCAAAAGUAAGAGCCAAGCUGGAAGUUUAUCUGCAAGCCAACAAGGCAGGGGAAGAAAAGAAAGGCUGCUCAGGAAGCUCUUUCCAACAAGCUGA